CACCAAAAGGAAUAGAAUGAAUACAUUGAGCAGUGCGCGAUCUGUGGCGAUAUACGUAGGCCCCGUUCGAUCUUUAAGAUCAGCCUCCGUUUUGGCACACGAUCAAGCUAAAUCUAGUAUAGCGGAGGAACACAAGACCUACGAUGAGAUUCCGCGGCCCAAUAAAUUCAAAUUCAUGAGGGCUUUCAUGCCCGGUGGUGAAUUCCAAAAUGCAUCGAUUACGGAAUACACCAGUACCAUGCGAAAGCGUUAUGGAGAUAUCUAUGUAAUGCCCGGUAUGUUUGGCCGUAUGGAUUGGGUCACCACAUUCAACACGAAGGACAUUGAGAUGGUAUUCCGCAACGAGGGUAUCUGGCCACAUCGUGAUGGCCUAGAUUCCAUCAUAUAUUUCCGCGAACACGUUCGACCAGAUGUUUACGGUGAGGUUCAAGGAUUGGUGGCUUCACAAAACGAGGCGUGGGGAAAACUAAGAUCAGCCAUUAAUCCCAUCUUCAUGCAACCCAGGGGCUUAAGAAUGUAUUACGAACCACUGUCUAAUAUCAAUAAUGAGUUUAUAGAGCGCAUUAAGGAAAUCCGCGAUCCAAAAACUCUGGAAGUUCCCGAAGAUUUCACGGAUGAAAUAAGCCGGCUUGUUUUCGAGUCACUCGGCCUGGUGGCUUUCGAUCGGCAAAUGGGUCUGAUUCGAAAAAACCGCGAUAAUCCCGAUGCAUUGACCCUCUUCCAGACCUCGAGAGAUAUUUUCCGGCUCACAUUCAAGCUAGACAUCCAGCCCUCCAUGUGGAAGAUAAUAUCGACGCCCACCUACAGGAAAAUGAAGCGAACUCUCAAUGACAGUUUGAAUGUGGCCCAAAAAAUGUUGAAGGAAAAUCAGGAUGCACUGGAAAAGCGUCGCCAGGCUGGCGAAAAAAUAAAUAGUAACAGUAUGCUGGAGAGAUUAAUGGAGAUCGAUAGCAAGGUGGCGGUGAUUAUGAGUCUGGACAUCCUCUUCGCCGGUGUGGAUGCCACAGCCACGCUUCUGUCGGCUGUUUUACUGUGCCUCUCAAAGCACCCGGAUAAGCAGGCGAAGCUGCGGGAGGAGCUCUUGAGUAUCAUGCCCACAAAGGAUUCACUACUCAACGAGGAGAGCAUGAAGGAUAUGCCAUAUUUGAGGGCUGUGAUCAAGGAGACGCUGCGAUACUAUCCCAAUGGCUUGGGAACCAUGAGAACCUGCCAAAACGAUGUUAUACUUUCGGGCUACCGGGUGCCCAAGGGAACGACUGUGCUGCUCGGCUCAAAUGUGCUGAUGAAGGAAAGUAAAUAUUAUCCGCGACCAGAUGAAUUUCUGCCGGAGCGCUGGCUAAGGGAUCCGGAAACCGGAAAGAAGAUGCAGGUCAGCCCCUUCACCUUCCUUCCCUUCGGCUUUGGACCCCGCAUGUGCAUUGGCAAGCGAGUGGUGGACCUGGAAAUGGAGACCACCGUGGCCAAGUUGAUUCGCAAUUUCCAUGUGGAGUUCAAUCGGGAUGCCAGCCGGCCAUUCAAGACCAUGUUCGUCAUGGAACCGGCAAUUACGUUCCCCUUCAAAUUCACGGAUGUCGAACAAUAAUUCGCGUUGUAUUCAUUUCCUUUACUUGUGUUCCUUAUAGUUACGAUUUUUGAUUACAGUAAAUGUUUGGCUGAUGAAAUGCAGAUAAGAAUUUUGC